GUAGCAGGUAAAUUCUUGCUACAGCCUGUUCACUGGCAUGCCAGCCUACAAUUUUUUUAUGAACAUAAAGUAAAUACACCACAUUUUCCACACCAGCAGUUACUUGCUUAUCAAGUUAGUCAACUCUAAGAGAAACUAAUUGUAAAUAUCUGCUUCAGACUGGUUUUAUUUAGUUAGAAAAGAGACAGCGUAUUGUGUAGGCUAAAUGACUGCACAAACAUUAGCAAAAAUCCAGAAGUGAAUGCAUGAGCUGACCCUCAUUUAUCGUCUACAAAGAGUACAGGAGAUCUCAAAAAAAGUCUCAAAGUGUCAUUCUCUGUUCCUCUGCUACAGGACAACUACAUCAUGACCGAUUACAAUGAAACUGAUUUGUUUGACUAUGACAAUGAUUACUGUGAUGAGGUGUGCCAUAAAGAAGAUAUACUGAAGGUCGUAUCCUAUCUUAUACCAAUUUUUCUCACACUAGUGUUUGUACUAAGUUUCAUCGGUAACAUCCUGGUUCUUAUCAUCCUGGUGGUCUACGAGAACAUGAAAUCCCUCGCCAACAUCUUCAUCCUCAAUCUCGCUCUGUCAGAUCUGCUCUUCACUUUUGGACUUCCAUUUUGGGCCUCUUACUACAUGUGGGGUUGUACAUUUGGAGAUUUUGGCUGCAAAGCGGUGAAGUUUUUGUUUUACGCUGGAUUUUAUAGCAGUGUGCUUUUUUUAACUCUUAUGACCAUUCAGCGUUACAUGGCUGUUGUUCAUCCUCUCUCUGAUUGGGAGAGAUGCAGAGGGUUUUCAGUCGCACCCUUCAUCAUAUGGAUCCUGAGUGCUGGAGCUGCACUGCUUGGGUCAUAUCGUAGCAAAGUUAUACCAGAAGAAAACAACAUAUACUGUGAAUAUGACAGUAUUUCAAUGAAACUUCUAAUUGGUUAUCUUCAAAAUGGUUUUUUUGUCUGUGCAUUUAUAAUCAUGGGUUUUUGCUAUGCAAGAAUGCUUCAAACUAUAACAAAGACGCGCACAAAUAAGAGACACAAGACCAUUCGGCUUAUACUUUGCAUUUCGUUAGUGUUUUUUAUUGGUUGGGCUCCAUAUAACAUUGUUAUGUUCGUGAGAUCUUUCAGUGAUCUUAAUCUAAUCACAGACUGUCCGAUAAGCAAAAAUAUUGACAAUGCAUUUUAUGUUUCCAGACUUUUAGCUUUCUCACACUGUUGCCUGAAUCCUGUGUUUUAUGCGUUUGUUGAUUUGAAGUUCAGAAAUGAUUUAAAAAUGAUUCUGCAGAUAAUUUUUUGUCAGAAAACACCCCUCCAGGUCAGGCAGAGAAGAUCUGAUGUACUAACACAAAACUCAUGUACUGUUGCGAUGAAUCUUCUGUGAGUGGUUUAUUUAAGUUAAAUAUGCAUUACAUUUGCAUGUCAUAAGUAUAUUACAACAAUUUACGAUUAACUAAGAAUAAUAGUCAACUUUAUUAUUGUUAAUAUUCUGAAACAAGACAGUCUUGAUGACAUCGUAUGCAGCCUGCAAAUGCGACCUUCGGAGGCUGCACCCGAUUGAGAAACGGUCAUGUUGUGACAGCUGGAAGUACUUGCGUGACUUUUAUAAAUUGACUUAAAUAUUGUACUGUUUACAUAAUAAUAAACAGAUUUAUUUAUUUUAUAUUUAUAUUCAGAAUACCCCAUGUAAUUUAUGUGACCCUAGUCUCAUAAUCUAUCAUACUAUUAGUUUAAGAGCAUCAAAUCUUUUUUUUUUCUUUUUUUUUUUACAAAAAUGUUACCUUAAUCAAUAUUAAAGAUAUCAACAAUAUAUUUUCAUAUUGUGUAGGGUGAUUUUAUGUAGAAAAAAAUGCUGGUUUUUCACAGGCAGGGAUGUAUGAAAUUUGCAUAGCAAUUAGUAAAACAUGGAUGAAAGAUGGAAAAGGCUCCUGGUUCGAGUCAAGAGGCCUGUCUGGUUUGUUUUCUUUCUAUAUCAGUGUGGGUUUACAUGAGUGCAUGUGUGUGACUGUCCUACCUGUGGUCAGAUAUGCUGGGAUAGGCUCCAGUCCUCUUAUAACACUACAGAUGAUACACAGAUUUAGAGAAUUAAUAAAUUGAUAAUACACUUUACAUUGUUAAAUAUGCAUUGCAGAAUAGUGUUUGGAGGAACAAAACUAUCAUUAGGCCAGAGCCAUUCUCAAGUGGAAAGCAAACAGGUACAUUUUUGCUGCAGCCAAAUGUGUGCCAAUGGACUAUGAAAAUAAAUACACCACAUUUUCAACACAACCUACUUAAUAGUCAGCUCAAGUUUUAUUUAGUUAAGGUCUAACUGACUGCACAAACAACAGCAAAAAUACAGGUAUAGAAAAGUUUUUAGUUUCUUCAUUUUUAUCGUAGUAAUAUUUUAAUAAGUUACAUAAGUCAUUGUUUUGUCUUUUUCUUAUUUGCUUUUAUCUUACAUUGUU